AUGCUCUACAUUCAGCUUCCUGAGCAUCCGACCCUCACAAGUGACAGCAAUUCCCCAUCGUCACCUUCACAUAGUUUACAGACGGGUAAAGUGGAACAUUUCACGGAACUUCUGGAGAUUGGAUCGCCUUACGGCUUCAAACAUGACAUGCAUGUCUAUUACAACUUCCAGGAGGCGAGAUUUGAGGGCAUCCCGGACAACUUUGCUGACUUUUUGGUCAGCGGCACAACAAAACGAAGUCGUGCAAGUACGAUCUGUGCAUUGGAUACGACGAUGUCUCAAGACUCCAAGAGCAUCAAUCUGACCAAGCGGACACGCACAAGCUCAGCUCCGUCGGGAAAUUUUUGUUUGUAUAGCACGACCAGUAGUCUUGACAAGAGCCCGGACCUUUUGCAGACACUGAACCAACACUUCCAGCUGCCAUUUCGACAGGUUCCACGUGUCGCCGUCCCGGGCUAUGAAGAACGAAUACCAGCUGUGCUGGUCAUGCUACAACAACACUUUUCAGUAAAGCAUGGCUAUCUGACGCCUCAUAUAUUUCGUGAAUCACCUAGUAAAUCCGAACGCGACCAAGCCUUGAUCGAUAUCAAUUGUGGCACCUUUCGAGGAGCUACGCAGGACGUCCGAGUACUAGCUGAUCUGAUCAAGCUUUGGUUUCGAGAGCUACCACUACCUGUUUUGCAUGAAAUUCCUAUAGGUGAGAUGGAACGUCUAGCGUCGGUCCAAAAUGUCUACGCAGAAGUGCUGAAUCUCUUGAGUAAAUCAGAGCGCAGUAUUGUGCUCUGGUUAGCUGAUCUACUAUCAUCCGUGGCCAAGUACGAGCCACAGAACCAUAUGGGCGUGGAUCAGCUUGCGAUUGUCAUGGCACCAAAUCUCAUUCGUAUUGAGACAAAGAACCCGAUGGUAGCUGUUACUGUGUCAAAAGCUGCUGUUGACCUUUUUCGAGGAGUAUUACGAGUACGAUUCCAGCAUUGUCACGAAUUGACCAACCUUUGA